CUAACAACGAUCCCGAGUGCGGGGGACCGACCUGCGAUGGAUUCGGCAUUCCGUUGAGUCCGAAAUAAUUGCUAGAGAACUCAUAUCUUAUGAUCUCAGUUCACUUGAUCAAUCAAUCUGUGAUUAGCACACAAACUUUUGCACUAAAUUUAAAAAUGUCUCCAAAACAAUACCCAGCUUACACGACCGAAGUACCACCAGCUUCAACGCGUGGGCUCUCCCACCCAAAACGCUUCAUAACUACACACGAUGAAUCCGGCAAAGCAGUUUUCAGCUCUGAGUUGCCAGAGGAGAUUCCCUUUCAGCAAAUUCCCAAGGAUGCCAUUUUCUCGCUCUGCUAUGCUACGAACCAGACACCAGUGGAGCUGAGCAAUAACACUGAUGUGAAUAUUUACUCAAAUUAUCUCGAAAACUUGCCCGGGGUCAUGAUACCCGGAGGAACUGUGCUCCGUCUUGUGGAUAUGCCACCAGGAGCCACAUCUCCUAUGCAUAGAACUGUUUCUUUAGACUAUGGUGUUGUGUUGGAAGGAUCUGUAGAGCUCAUCCUGGAUGAUGGAGAGUCUAGAGUGAUGGAGAGAGGGGACAUUAGUGUUCAGCGAGGUACUAUUCAUGCGUGGAAGAAUAUGAGUAAGACUAGCUGGGCACGUAUGUUGUAUAUUUUGCAGGAGAGUAAGCCGAUUCAGGUUGAGGGGAAGAAGUUGGGGGAAGAUUAUGGUGGCUUGGAAGUUCCAAAGUCAGGGAAUUAAGUUCAAUCUCGGUGGUCGAGUUGAAGAAACCAAUGAAAUUAAAGUCUAGAAAACUUAUUCGCGUCUUCUGCUGGGAACCUUACAGUAGUAUCACUGCUUG